AUGGACUUCUUGCAUAACACACUCCCACUCGACCAUUUCCUCGCUCUUCCGCGUCCCGACCAUGGCGAGGUCGCGGUCGGAACGACGGACACGUCCACACUCGCCGCACACGACUUCGAUGUCGACACGCGGACCGGGUUUAUGCCCCCACAGCCGCCGCUGACUCGCCUUCCGGAACAGUGGGAGCUAUGGGAGACGGCCCUUGACGACGCGCUCACGUCGCGACUACGCCUGGCGGAAAAGGAUGAUCUGGCGGAGGAGGAUGUAGCCAAGUCUGGUCGGUGGCGGACGCGCGUCUCAGAGCUUCCGAUUCUGUCGAUCGAAGAACUGAAGCAGUCUGAGCUGCUGCUUCGCCGUGCGCACCAUGUCCUCGCGUGGCUCAUGCACUUGUACAUCCACUCCACACCCACCGCCAUCACCGAAAUACACAUCCCCCCUCCCAUCACCCUGCCCCUCCUCCAGGUCUCGGCACAGCUCCAGCUUCCUCCUGUCCUCACCUACUCCGACGAUGUCCUCUACAACUGGGCCUACAAGUCCCCGCCCUCGUCCGACCGCCCCCUCGCCCCGCCCGCGCUGGACAACCUCCGCUGCCUCACCCUCUUCACCGGCACCCGCGACGAGGAAGAGUUCUACCUCGCCUCCGCCCGCAUCGAGUUCCGCGGGGUCGAGGCCCUCGGCCUCAUGCGCGCCAUAAUGGACGAGGCCUUCCUCGGCGAUGCCACCGCCGUGCGCCGCAUCACCGCCUACCUGCACGCCCUCGCGCGCGUCACCGCCGACCUCACCGCCAUCCUCGCCGCCGUCCGCGACGGCUGCGACCCCGCCACCUUCUACCACGACAUCCGCCCCUGGUUCAAGGGCGCCGACUCGGACCCGCGCCGCCGCUGGGUCUUCGACGGGCUCGAGCGCGACCCCGCGCUCAAGCAGCCCCUCGAGCUCUCCGGGCCCAGCGCGGGCCAGAGCGCCCUCAUCCACGCGCUCGACGUCUUCCUCGGCGUCGACCACUCCGCGCCGGGGACGCGCGCCGUGCCGUUCCUGACGCGCAUGCAGUCGUACAUGCCGCGCCACCACCGCGCGUUCCUGCGGCACCUCGGCGCGAGCCCGCGCCCGCUGCGCGCGCUCGUGCAGGCGUCGCGCGACGCGGCGCUCGUCGGGGCGUACAACGCGGCGGUGGGCGCGCUGAAGGUGUUCCGCGACGAGCACGUGCGCAUCGUCGCGCUGUACAUCCUCGGCCCGUCGCGGCGCGCGGGUGCGCCGGGCGCGCCUGCGAAGGGCACGGGCGGCACGGACGCGUUCAAGUUCGUGCAGGGGGUGAGGAACCAGACCGCGGGGGCGCUGCUGCGCCAGGAGUAG